ACAAACGAUUCACCGGUCGCCGGCGCGUGCGUGCGUUCCAGAAUUGAAUUAGAACACUGAGAUUUACCUGGCUGACUUUUUCCCUUUGCACUCAUUUACCUCUAACAACACCUCGCAAUGGCUAGCGGGAGCAAAUGGGUUCCUUUGGAAAGCAAUCCCGAGGUCAUCACAAAGUUCGCUCACAAGCUUGGGCUGCCUGCGGACUGGUCGUUCGUAGACGUACUGGGACUGGACGAUGAUUUUCUGGCCAUGGUGCCGCAACCCGUGGCUGCCCUGUUGUUUCUCUUUCCGAUCACUGACAAGUACACCAACUUUGUUGAGCAGAAGAGCCAGCAGAUUGCCAGAGUCGGCCAGGUGGUCAGUGACAAGGUUUACUUCAUGAAGCAGACAAUCAAAAAUGCCUGCGGUGCCAUGGCUCUCUUGCAUGCUCUGGCGAACAGCUCUGGUCAGGUCAACAUUGCAGCUGACUCUAUGAUCAAUAAAUUCCUGAAUGCUACUUCAGCUAUGAACCCUGAUCAAAGGGGAUCCUACUUGGAGGCAGUGCACGGUAGGCGCUCACUUUAUUCAGACAUUGCCAACCUUCAUGCUGAGUGUGCUAAAGGAGGACAGACUCAGGCACCAGGUGCUGAUGAAAAUGUAGACCUGCACUUCGUCUGCUUUGCAAAUGUUGAUGGCCAUGUCUAUGACUUGGAUGGACGCAAGCCAUUUCCAUUCAACUGUGGCGCUACAAGUGUGCAUUCUUUCUUGAAGGACGCUGCCAAGGUGUGCCAGGACUACAUCGCCCGCGAUCCCGAAAACCUGAACUUCAGCGUGAUGGCCCUGGCCCAGACUGACGCCUAAAUUAACCUCCCGAGGAGCCACUGCCCCGUGUGCGUAAGCAAAGUGUUCGCUAUUAUGGCGCAAGGAGCGCCAGGCAACCAGCACCGUGCUGCCUUAGUUUUUCUUGCAGGUUCCUCGCCUUUUGGCUGUUUUUGCUAAAGGAUGUUCAAAGCAGCUCUUUUUCGUACGCGCAGCUUGGACCUUUUGACUACGCUGCUUGUGUCCUGGCAAACUCUGCAAGAGAUCGAAAAAAAAAAAA